GUUCAAACAUAAGAAACAAUAGUUGCCAACACGCUGGCAACAAACUUCACACCCCAAAAUGUAUCGACUGUCGAAAGCCACACAGAAGCCACGUCAGCUAUCCAUAAUGUGCACGCUAUAUGACAUCCGUCAAACACCCUCCUGUUUGUUUGGAUGAAGGUGUGGCGGGUAGUCUAUGCCAGUCAUCAUCAGGGGACUGAAACGGAACUUAAUCCGAAUUUGGGAUACAAAUUAUGCAUGAAAGAUUUAUUGGUCUUGUGUUGAAGAACUCUACUCGGCUUCGUUGAACUUGAAGGACGGUGUCUCUUUCAUGGCUCAUGUUCGAUACCCAGAGAAGACCUCUGUUGACGUGGCCGGGAAUGUCUCCGUGGUGCUUGGUCGACCGAUAUGUAUCAACGGGACCCCAUGGAUUCUCUUCUUAUUCGAAGAAUGCGUUGAAAACAUAUGGGAGUAUUGGAGUGUGGUUAUUGGCCUUAUCUCCAUGCUUUGUUUCUUAUUGUCAACAUUACCACAAGUCUAUGAGGCCUAUAAGAGUGGGAAGGUGGACGAGGCCAUGUCUGUCGGCUUCAUUCUCUUCCUACUGCUUGGAGAUGUGGGCAAUUUGGCAGGAUGCUAUUUAACUAGGCAACUACCCAUUCAGAUUGUCACAGCUGUGUUCUACAUCUAUACAGACUCCAUCCUGAUCUCGCAGUUGCUCUACUACAAAAUAAAAAACAACUCUGCACGCAGGAAGCCCCUUCUAAAGUGGAUCUGCUUGAUUUGGUUUGGCGUUGGUACAGCCGUUUGUGUGGUGCUUCCCAAACUCAUCGAGGCGGCCAGUUCUAUCCCCAACGUACAAUUGCAGGGCAAGUCCAGCAGUCAGAUGACCUCGGGCUAUGCCUGUGGAUACCUGUCCUCCAUAUGUUACCUGUCCUCUCGUUUCCCCCAGCUCUACAUAAACUUUAAGAGGCAGUCCACGGAGGGCACGUCCUACCUGCUGUUCUUGCUGGCCAUGCUGGGGAACGGCACCUACGGCCUGAGCCUCAUGGUCAUGCUGCCCGCUCUCAAGAGCUCCUGGGUCACCUUCAUACUCAACCACCUGGCCUGGCUUAUCGGCAGCCUGGGAGUUCUCUUCCUCGACUUCUUUGUAACGGCUCAGUUUAUCAUGUACAGAAAGAAGGGCUCCAGUGAAGCAGUUCAGGAACUGAAAAUUGCAGAAGAAGAACCUCUUCUGUUUGAGGAGGACGAGUUUUGAGAUGCCCCUCAAAAUCCCUGAGAACUGAGUAAAGGCUACCAUGACAUUCCAGAAAGUUCUUGAGCAUAUCUUUAACAUUAAUAAGAAAAAGUGCAUGGGAACUGUAGUAUGUGUUUUUUAAAAGUCAUUUUUGGAAAUCAACUGUGUGAAUAGAACAAAUGAAGAAUUUUGAUAUUUUCAUAGCAAGUGAUUGGGAUUCGGACAAUGUGUCCAGGUGUCUUUUAUAAAAAGUAGGGUGUUUUGUUUUGAGUGCUCUUUGUUUCUGUGCUGCAAUUGAUGCCAUUACAACACACAAUGGCUUGUUUUAUGUUCCAACACCAUUGGAGUGCAAUGCGUACAUGUCCAAGCAAUAUUGUGAUUACUAAGUUAUUGUAUAGCAUGGCAUCUGUUUGAAGUGAACACAGAGAAGAGUUCAAAUAUGAAAUGAUUUCAAGGUUUGUGUAAUAUGUACCUAUACAAUUCCUGCCUGGGAUGACUGUGGUCAUUUCCCGAGGGUUUACAUUGUGAUUGUUACAGACGGAUACAGGCUGAAGUCAUGGCUACAGGCUGAGGCCUUGGUGCUGGGCUGAAAGGACUCUGGGUGUGGACCCGUUCCAAAGCCACAUCAACUGAACCAUUCCGGCAAAUCAUUGCUGAUUUCUAAUCCAGGAAUCGACCGUAAUUGAUGCCUUGUGAAAGUAACUAACCUGACUUUGUGAUGUAGGCUUCACUGUGUGUGUGUGUGUGUGUGUGUGUGUGUGUGUGUGUGUGUGUUUGUUUAUGUGUGCGUGUGUUUGUGUGUGUGUGUUUAUGUGUGCGUGCGUCUGUUUGUGUUUGUACAUUCCAUUUUAAAAAACAGGGAAGCUAAGGAAUGUAUUGCUUAUGUGGUGCCUUUUGAAACAUCACUGUGGCUUAAGAGAGAUGUAAGUGUGAACAAAGCCCUACCCAAAAAUACAUUUGGCUGGUAUUAAAGUUAAUGUUCACUAGGACUAUGAUUAUGCAUAUUGAUAUCCUGGGCUACACAACCUUUUGAAUGAGCAACGUUACAAUCCUAUUUACAUGAAUGUGGGCACUUAUAUUUCCCCAAAUCAUGCUACACGAGCAUAUUAACAUAUUUGAGCAUAUUAACGUAUAUUAACGAUGACUUCUUUGAUUGCUCUCCGAUCACUGUUCUGCUCGAGUUUCUCACGAUGUCAUUGGGGAGAGUUGGGCACCUAAUUGUUCUCUCAGCCCUCGACAUUGUUCUCUUUCAUUUGUGCCUGUCAUUGAUAUCAAGUUUUACAAGUUAAUCUUGCUUUAUGGCGAUUGUAUUUUGUGAUGCUUGGCUUGUCAUAGUGUAUUUGGGAUGUCCUUGUUUUGGGCUGAGCAUUUAUUUAAAGAAACAUUUAUUAUUUGCACAAGAGGUACGCUGAGGUGCUGAUAUGGACAUGAGCUCUACUUUGUUUCCUCCAGGAUGUUCUCAUUUAGUCAGUGUUGAGUCAUUGAGAGGGAACUAUAUCAUUCCCUUUACCUCUUUUGCACAUUCAGAUUCUGUUGAGCCAUAACUUCUGUCAAGUCAUUAACCCCUGACUACAUGUACAGCAAGUAACAAUUUCUCUACCUCGUUUCCCAAAGGAGACAUCAUAGAUUGAAUGGUUGUGAUUUGGCGUGUGUGUGUGAGUAUGUGUGAGACAGACAGAAAGAGAGGUUAUUUUUCCUUAUAAUGUGCAGUGCAUUUCGUCUUUUACCAAGUUGAUUUAUUAUUUCAAAAUCAAAUGUGAAACCGCAGCAGGGGAAGGGAGAAACCGGUUUUCAUACACUGUCUUUUCCUUGCAGUUUAUGUCGAUGUAAACAUUGCAUUUUGCUCUAGCUGUUCUGUAUCUUUAGGAUUUCAGAUCAUGCCAGUUUUGUGACUAUAUGCAGUUUACCCUAUCAAUAUUCUGUAAUAUAAUGCUUAUAAUAUUUUUCUCCUAAGGGACAAUGCUAAGAUAGUAAGGGAAACUGUCAAAAUAAUCGAUGCCUAAUAGACUUAACCAUUGCAUUUACUUCUUCACUGGACAAAUGGUUGUACUUGAACAAGGAAACACUGUAUUUUGCUUUGAAGAUACAUGUGUUUUGAUACGUACAUAGUAUGUAUUGGUACAAUAUAAUUCUUGCCAUUUUUAUUUUUAACUUGGGGAAUUCAAAAGUCAUGUUAGACAUGGGACUUUUUAACAAGUUCUAGGAACACAGUUCCAAAAUAAUGUUUUGUAUCACUAAAGUUCUGUCAGUGCUUCCAAACAUUUCAAUAAAGUGCAAUAUAU